GAGCCAGUUAGAUUACGAAGCUACGAAAAAUGCGCCGAUUGUAGCGCGUAAUGGCAUGGAGCGGAACAGCUGAUUCCUUAGGGUUAGCGCAGCGGACACUUAAAUACACUCGUCGUCGUCGUCGUCGUCGUUGUUCCACCGUGUCCGGUCGCAAACGGGAUCUCGUUCACGACGUUCACCACCAUCCAUAGAGAGGUUUAAUAAGUGCGAAGAAUCCCCGGCUCUCGAGUCUACAGGACUUUGACAGAUAACGAUAUACCGCGGAUUAACACGCUCGGCGUAAUUUCCCUUUCCGAAGGCCGAACCUUAGUUGUCUGAUCCCCCGGGGAUUAUGGCCAGUCCGGUCGUCGGCACCGGAUACAACUUUAAAGUGGUUCUCCUAGGCGAGGGAUGUGUCGGCAAGACCUCGGUCGCCCUUCGAUACGUCGAGGACAAGUUCAAUGACAAGCAUAUCACUACGUUGCAGGCAUCAUUUUUGAAUAAGAAAUUGAAUAUCAAUGGAAAAAGAGUGAACCUGGCAAUAUGGGAUACAGCGGGACAAGAGAAGUUUCAUGCAUUAGGACCAAUUUAUUACAGAAUGUCCAAUGGUGCCAUCCUUGUUUAUGAUAUUACGGACGAAGACACUUUUCAAAAAGUAAAAAACUGGGUGAAAGAACUCAAGAAGAUGCUAGGUAGCGAAAUUUGCUUAGUGAUAGCAGGUAAUAAAGUGGACCUGGAGAAGGAUAGAAAUGUUGCCAUAGACGAAGCAGAAGAAUAUGCCAAACAGGUGGGAGCUAUGCAUUUUCACACUUCAGCCAAGUUAAAUCAGAACAUCGAAGAGAUGUUCUUAGACCUGACACGACGUAUGAUGGAACGCGCGGACGAGGCCGAGCAAAAAUCUACUCUUACAAGGACCAAUAGCACACGUCGCAAUGUUGUAAUGGUCGAGGACGAAAGCGAGCAGACGCAACCGAGUAGAAGUUCUUGCUGUGGUGGCAGUGGCAGCGGCCUUUCGUAGAUCUUCGAAAGAAGAUUUUACAUUCAACUUCAGACAAGGUCUAAUUUCGAAUAAUCCACGAGUUAUAUAUACGGGACGAAGCAUUUCAACAAGUCGUGACAGAUUAGUAUCUCAACAAAAGUAAAUUCUCUGUGAUAAUAAUUUGUCACAUUAUACAAAUGUUUCAUUUUUUUGUAUGCUUGUGUAUGCAUUAUGUAUGUGUGAAUGCGUGUGUAUGUCGAUAUAUAUAUUUGCGAGAAAUAUCUGUAUAUAUAUUCAUGAAUUGCCACAAUUGCUAAUUGGCUAAACUUUAGCUAAUUUCUCGACAAAAGCUUUAGAUUGAUGUGUGUGCGGCUGUAUUGUGAAUCGAGGACAUUUUGAAGGAAGACUAGAUAAAAUAUUUUUUUUCAGCUUUUAUCCAAAAUAAUAUUUUAGGGUUUA